AUUUGUGCCUGGAGAGUAUGUAUAUGUAUAGAACGAUAAGAACAAUAUUGACUUAUUCGUAGCUCUUGAAGUUGGUUGCCUUGCAUUUUUUUCAUAAUUUAUGAAAGAGUCGUCGAGGAAAACAAUAUUCAAUAAGUUACAGUGACUUGAACAAAAUGAAUUUUAUCAGGAGAGCUUGGUUGUUAAAAUUAAGUCUGAUCUUAUCAGGUGCAUUGUCUGUUUGUGGUGAGCUGAAGGAGUUUAUUGAUUUGGGCCACGGACUCGACAAUUCUACUGUAUCGUGGGAUGAUAAAAGAACAUUUGAAUCUAAUGUAAGUCUGUUUUCGGAGCCAUUUCACUAUGCGAUGGGAGAGUUCUCGACACCUGAGCACGUUGGCACUCACUUAGACGCACCAUUUCACUUUUGGAAAGACGGCUGGAGACUUGGACAGAUCCCUUUGAAGCAUUUGAUUCUACCAGGUGUGCUGAUCGAUGUGAGUCAGAAAGUUGGCGAUAACCGAGAUUUUUUGUUGACAAGUGAAAACUUAUCGGAUUGGGAGAGGGAAAACGGUGCUUUAGAUCGAGACAAAAAAUACAUAUUGCUUAUCAAGUUUGGGUGGGGUGACAGAUACGUUAAUCGGACUGACUAUUUUGGCAUUGGUUUAAACAGUUCAAACCCAAAUCAGCGCAAUUUCCCCGGAAUUGGGGAAUCUGCAGCUAACUGGAUUGCCAGCAAAGGAAGCAUCGUUGGCGUGGGAGUCGAUACUGCGUCUGUGGACAGUGGAAAUGCUGCGAGCGCUGUUACUCACCGAAUACUAGCCCUUAAAAAUAUUUACAAUCUCGAAAAUGUUGCACUUGCUGGUAAAAAUUUGCCAUCCAAAGGAUUUUAUUUAAUAGUUUUGCCAAUGAAAUUGACGUAUGGAACUGGUGGACCAGUUCGUGUUAUCGCAGCACCAGAGUCCCUAAAUCAAAUUUAGGUUAGUUGUGUAUUAUGAACCAAUAAUUUUCCUGAUUAAGGCGCCAUUUAAGCUUAGACUUUAUGUUGACAGACACCUUAAUAUUGCUUUAAUUUUCUUGAAAACUUUAGCACAAAAUAUCUUGAAAAUUUCAGGGAUUAAUCUUGAAGACAGAAGAAGUAUUAAGUAAAAUUUGCAAGUGAUUCUGUUCAUUACUUUUACUGGAGAGGUUGGACACAUUUGAGAAGUUUGGCAACACAGUGCUUAAGCAAAAAUGGCGCUUGUGAUACUUUGGCCUGAUCAUGACGAGAUGUUCAUUUCACUUGAAUGCAUGCGGGAUGGAUAGUCAUGGGUUUGAAGCUUAGAAACAUAAAGUAAAGAUUAUAUUUUGUUGCGGAGAGAUGUAAAUUUUGAAAAAUUGACCUGAUCUGUUUCACAUCUCCUUAAACAAGAUUCAUCUGGAGUAAUUUGAUCAUGGAACUUUUACCAAUUAAAUAAAAAAAUUUCUUAAUCUGUUGAGGACUAACAAUUUAUUGGUUCAUAUUUUUGGUAAGAUAUUGGUUCAUCAGUCAUGCUUCCAAGAAAUUUAACUUAACAUUUUACAUCGUGUAAAAUUCAACAAAAAAUGUAUGUAACAAAGAUAUAAGAGUAAAAGAAUAAAAUUAAAAGGUGCCUAUGAAGAAAUGCAAGUACAAUCGUAUUUAAAAAUAUACAUGGAGGAGGUGCUGCUGUUUUGAGCAAUUUCGUCAUUCUUGGAAACUUUCUAGGUAAGAAUUUUUCUCCUCAGUUUUGUGAGAGUAGAGCUCCAUUUGAAUGAAGAAAUCCUGAAAUUACUUUUACAGGCAUUUUAACACUUUUUUACUGAGAUCAUUCUUCAGGCUUGGGACCCACCAAGAUUUUCCGGACUCUCCAUUGAAAAAUAAUUUUUAGAAAUAGAUUUAAAUUUUAAAAACAAUCAACCACUAAACAGGGUAAAAAACUCGGCACUACAGUACACAGUUUCUUAACAAAAUUUAACGCAGAACAUGUUGAAAGCAUAUCAAAAACUACCAAAAUUAACUCAUAUGUGAGAAAUGAACGUUUGCAGUAAACAUUAUAAACAGACAAUUCAAACUUUCUGCUCAAGAGAAAAUACUAGAAUCAACGCAAGCCAAAUUCGGCAACAAAAUCCACUUGGACGUUAGGCAAGUGAGUAGAGCUUGGUUUCACACAAGCUUCCUUUUCUUUCUAAUACAAGCUAUGUACCUUAAAUUAUGUAAAAAAAAUUUAGUGCCCAGGUAACUUCUUCCAUUGUAAAAUACAUCGAAAUUACUUCAGUGGACUUGGGUUUUUCUGUGAGCAAGAGGUGUGAAUUAAUAUAAACUUAAGGGUUGACUUUAGGAGGUCUUAACGAAUCCAUCAUGCUCUAGAUAAAAUUUUGAUGAGGAAACGUACAUUAGGGCUCUUAAUUUUGUAUCCUGUCUGGUGGUCGAUUCUAUUUAGCAACAUUAGAAAAGAACAAGAAAAAUUUAACAACAGAAAAAACAAACGGAAGAGUAAAAACUGAGGCGUUCAAAUGUUCAAAGCAGAUAUUAAUUAGUCCGUAAAUUGAUCAGCUAAUUUUGAGAUGAUCUAUGAAUUUUUUAUGCUCUUAAAAAGUUUCCCUGAUCAGUGGCAAAUAUUGAUUGAAAUCUCGGUGGGUGUGUAUUAUAAUGGAGAUAUGAAGUAAAUCCACAAGAUUAAAACAGAUAUAAGUUUGCCUGUUAUAUCGAAAAGCAGUGCAAAGUUCUCUUAAGAUUUAAUAUACACAUACCAACUGGACUUAGACAUUUGAUUAUUCAAGUCAUUCUGUUUAGAAUGAACACAGCAGUUUUGUGGGAUUAUUUACACUUAAUGGAGUCUUGAAUGAACAUCAAAUGAAAAAAGGAUACGAUCAGAAAAUGAUUGAAAACAAUCUCUCUUUCAACAGGCUCAACAUUCAAGACAGUAAUCUCUCAGCGAAUACCCCAAUUAUUGAAAAAUUUGAACUUUCAAAUCCCUAAAUUGCUUUCUUAUUUUAUUAUUGGUUAUGGUGAAUAAAGAUGGAUACAACAGAUUCACCAGGUAUUGGUGCAGUAAAAGUUCGAA